AUGACCUUGAAAGACAUCGAGGAGAAGAAGGGGUUGUGUGUCGUCUACUUCUUCAGCAAUGACCUUCAAAUCGAGUUGAGAAUAAGGGAGAAAAAUAAAAAAAAUAAAAUAUUGCAACAGCAAAAUCGGCUACUUAGGAAGCGUAUUAAUAGUAUCCACUCUUUAAUGCAACACCUUAAACAGAAGAAAUUGUUAUCAGCUGUAGUAAUAGAGAGUACUGUGCCACAUUCGACCAAAGUGUUGUUUAAGCAGAUAUUACAAAGAAAACAACGCGUUUAUCCAGUAGAAUUAAAAAAGUUUGCUUUAACGCUUACCUUCUAUUCCCCAAAAGGUUACCAAUUCGUUAGAAAAAAUUUUAAUAAUGCACUUCCUCAUCCUCGCACAUUACAAAAGUGGUAUUAUGGGACUAAUAAUAGUGAAGUUAGUUUAGAAUUCGGAGGAAUUAAAAGUGUUUAUUAAAUAAAAUGAAAUACAAAACGAACAUAUCAUAAGUUCGUACAAAUUCGAUACUCUACAACCGCUGUCUUCGAGAACUGAUUCAACUCUACCUCACAAGACUGACCGUAAUGUUUUUGAGACCCUCAGUCAAGUAUAUCCUCUUUGUCUCUCUUUGCCCCAACGUUGCAGGUGUCAAUUUUGUCACUUUCUCAUGGUACCUUCAGUCAGCUAAUAAAACCCUAAGGCUGGAGAGGACGCAGUAGUUUUCUUAAAGUUUAUUGCUUAAAAAUAUUUUGCUUCUUAUUCUAAACAUACGGAUAACAAUUGCUUAAUCCCUUAAAAUUACAAACUAUUCCUAAAUUACUUUAAGCCUACCAUAAACUAAAAAGCACGCAUUCCCGAUACUACAGUAUCAAAUAAUCGAAUGUGAACCUGGUUUUAAUGCAGAGUCAAUGCGUACUUUAAAAGAUAAAGUACUUGAAAUGCAAAUGAGAGACAAAGUUUGUAUUUGUAGCUUAAUGGUAGACGAAAUUUCAUUGUGUAAGAAAAUUGAAUGGGAUGGUGAGCGGUUUAUUGGGUAAACACUAUAGAAUUUUGCAUGUUACUGUUUUCUAUUUUUAUACUUGUACAUCUUUAA